UAUGAAGACAAUUUUGCUCAUUGCCUUGAUUGCAGUAGCUUUCACAGCCAGAGUGUAAGAGAGAAAUCUAGCCAAAAUUACAACAGACCUCAAAAAGAGCACAUAUGGAAGUGCAUUACUUCACUUAGUUGAACUCCAUUCGAUGGCAGGAGGUCCAGUUUAAGAAUUAAUUGAUGCUAUUGAAGAACUUAUUAAUGAUCUUGAAGAGGAAUUAGAAGAAUUAGAAUUCAAUUUCUAAGUCAGAACCAACGAACACAAUGCAUUAGUUGUUAGCCUUGAAUAGGAUAUCUAAGAUGCUGUUAUUGGUAAUAAUAAAUAUUAUUUCUUUAGAUGUUAAUAAUACAUAAGACACAUUAGAUAAUUUGUUGUUCCCAAGAAGAGAAUAGCUCCAAGUUAGAAUUGAAUAAAUUUAAGAAAACUAAGAAGCCAAUAGAAAGAACUACGAUGAAGCUGUUCUAGUAAGAGAAUAAGAGCACGAAGAUUUUGAAUUCUAAAUUGCUGAAUUGAAUGAUGCAACUGCUGCUGUUGAUGAUGCUCUUGCUCUUCUUUAAACCCUUACAAACCCAUCACUUCUUUAGGUUAAAAGAUUCUAAAAUUCAUUGAAAAACAUUGAAGCAAAGAUUAAGUCAAGAUCCAAGAUGGCUCCAAUGAUCAAGGCACUUAUUUCUUUAGCAUCAAACUAAAACUUUUCUGAUUAAGGAAUUAUUGGUUAAAUCGUUGAUGCCCUUAAUGAAUUCAGAAAUGCUAUUGUUGAUUCAAUCAAUGCUUAAACAGCUGCUGAAGCCUAAGCUUAAGCUGAUCACGAAGAAUACCUUGAACAAUUAGAUGAUGAAUAUGCUGAAUUCUAAAGAUAAAUUAACAGAGUUAAUGUUGAUUUGACAGCCACCAAUGGUAAUUAAAUAAUUUAAUGAAACUAUAGAAAAGAUCGAUUAAAUGACCGAAUUCAGAGACUAAAGAGAUGCUGACAGAAAAUAAUACACUGCAGAAUUAGAAUUAGAGAACAAUACCUAUGCAGAAGAAACCGAUACAUACACCAAUUUAAAGAAUGAAUUCACCAGAGAACUUGGAAUCAGUGAAUAAGCUUUAUCUGUUGUCUAAAGCGCUGAUUUCUCAAACAUCUAAGUUUGAU